GUUUGUUUAUAUACGUACGUCAUGACAGAUAUAUAUUUUUUUUAACUAAUUAAUUUUUAAUACCCAGUACAAAGUGUUGCAACAGUAGUUAGUUAAUUAAAUCCAAAUGUUAUUAUCAUCAUUAAAAAAACAAAAAAUGAGUCAUAUAUUAAAAAUAUCAAUAACAAUAUUAACCCUAAUAUUUUUGACAACAAUAUUUUGUCUGGGAACACAUGAUAAUACUCCAAUUUAUUUUCGCAAUCUCAAGGCCAAUCACCAGGCUAAAAUAUUGAACAAUGAUGAAGUUAAAAAAAUAGCUGAGCUAACAAAUUUAACAAACAUCAAUGAGCUACUUGACAACAUUUGUAUUGAAAGACCAGUUGGAAGUGAAAAUCAUAAAUUAGUUAAUAAUUAUAUCAAAGAGAAAAUGGCUAGCCUUGAUUGGCACAUAGAGACAGAUAAAUUUAUAGCAACUACUCCAGUUGGUAAUCAACAGUUUGAAAACAUCAUAACAAAAUUAAAUAAAGAUGCAUCAAGAUAUUUAACUUUAGCCUGUCAUUAUGAUUCUAAAAUUAUGAAUAAUUUUGUUGGUGCUACUGACAGUGCUGUACCUUGUUCACAGAUGAUUAAUCUUGCAUUUGUCAUGAAAAAAUAUUUGGAGCCUCUAAAACAAACAGAUGUCAGUUUGAUGUUUAUAUUUUUUGAUGGUGAAGAAGCAUUUGUUGAAUGGUCAUCAAGAGAUUCAAUAUAUGGAGCUAAAAAUUUGGCUAAAAAAUGGCAUUCAACAUCGGUUAAUUAUGGAUAUGAUGAAACAGAUUUAACAGAGUUGGAUAAAAUUGAUAUUAUGGUGUUGUUGGAUUUACUUGGUGCACGUGAUCCUGGAUUUUAUAAUUAUUUUGAGAAUACUAAAUCUUGGUACCAACAAAUGAUGCGUGCUGAACAAGUGCUGGCUGAUAAUAGAUUAUUCAAAAAAUAUAAUUAUGAUUCUAGUCGUAAUUAUUUUAAAGGAUAUACAAUUAAUGCAAGAAUUGAAGAUGAUCAUCUUCCAUUUUUAGAAAGAGAUGUUCCAAUUUUACAUGUGAUACCAGGACCUUUUCCAAAAGUUUGGCAUACAAGUCAAGACAAUAGACGUAACAUUGAUCUCGAUACAAUUGAAAAUUUGAAUAAAAUAUUUCGAGUAUUUGUAGCAUCAUAUUUUUAUCUGGACAUUUAAAAUUUUUAUAAUUAAUUUAUUAUACAAAUUAGAUAAUAUUUUAUAUUUGAAUUUUAAUUAUUGUUUUUUUGUGUGCAAUAUAUUGAUUUGAAUUUUAAUUGUUUUUUAAAACCAAGUACUUACAUAUAUUUAUGAAGAUAUUUUUUAUAUACUUUUAUUGUUUUUUAAAGUGUAAAAAAAUUGGAUUGAGAAAAAAAAAAAAAAAAUGCUAAGGGUGAUGGAUAAGAUAAAUUUGUCAAUUUCAUUAAAAAUUAAUUUUAUUAUCAUUA